AUUAAGUCCAUUGUUGUCAAUUGUUUCUUUAUCCUCGCAAUUCGUUAGUAGCCAGUAGACCUCGAGGUAACGGUGUGUGUUCUGGUUGCUGCUGUUCUGUUGGAAUGGCAUUUGGAUCAUUAGCUAAAAUUUGUGGUUUUGAGAUGUAAUAUUUCGUUUCCAGUCCACUAUCUCUAUGUAAACAGUAUUUAGAAGGAUUAGAAACGUUCGAUUGCGGAGUGGCAGGAACAUCGUUGUAAGGAGAGAGCGGCCCAUUGGCACUGCCUGACAGAGGAUUAGGAGAAAUAAUGCUUGAUGCAGAAGGUGAAGGUGACACCAAAUGAAUAGGAAUGUCAGCUACUGUGCUACCUUCUGAAAGUCGUCCCAUUUUGGCCAAAAAUAUUACAUCAGAUAUUAGUUUUUGAGCAACAGUUUGCUGUUUGUUCUCUAAAUUGCGGAGAUCUCCUCCCACAGACAAGCCGAAAGCAUCAUCCUCGGACUGCUGACGAACUUCUUGUCUUUCCUCUUCAUCAUCUUCCAAAAAAUGUUGUCCAAGAGAAUCAGGAGAUUCAGCUCCAGCUUUAACGACUUUGUAUGCUUCUGACAAAAAGUGUAAAUGGUCGUAAUACCACAAUGAUGGUACAUACAUACAAUUUGAGGUUGAGCCAGUAUUUUCGCUAUUAUCUACUUUUUUGCGUUCUCGCUGAUAAGUGGAUUUGAGAUUAUCUAUUUUUCUUCUAACACUUGCAAUGCUCGCAUUAGGGUCAUAUUUUUGAAAUAUAUUUAGUAGAGCUGUUUGAGCUGCUUUUCGCGUAUGUCUGUUUGUAUAUGACGCGUCACUGGGAUCCCACAGACACCGAUUUUCUUUUAAAGCUUCAAUAAAUUCAAUCAAACCAUUAUCGUUCAUUGCUAUAGAAAAGUAAAAGUGCUAAUACAGCGAAAGUUUAAACGAUACACACUGUCGGACGAAAUCCCCACUCAAGAAUCAGGAUUAAAGAUUAAAAUGCAAAGCAGCAGAUUGCAACAACAGUUAAAUGCCUUAAUAUGGAAACUCAACGUGAACUCUCGCGAAGAAUUAUAAUAAAGUCAAUUGUCAUCAGUUAAUUACAUUAAAAUUAUAUUUAUUGUUAUUAAUGAUAUUCAAAACAUGUGGUAACUAGUUACACUAAUUUAAAGGGAGGCAACAUGGAAAAUAUAUUGCUUGCAUUUAUUCUUUACUAAUGUUAUUUAAUUUUUGGGCUAAAGAGUGAUAUCAUUUAUACCAUCUAAUAUUAUUUUAUAACUCACUAUCUGUGUGCAUUAUUUAAAGGUUAUUUUACUCUAUAAAAUGAAAAAAAAAAGUUUUACUAUCUGUUAAGGUAACUUUCCAAAUUUUAAUUUAGCAAAGGCAAAUAACUCUCAUUAGUUCAAAAUAGGCAACAUUCAACUUAUUUAUGCAGUGGACUGUAUUUUAAUGAAUUAGUAGGUUAUAUGAGUUGUGCUAAUCGACAUACCCAUUUAUGCUGGCUUAGACAUAUCUUAUUACCUGAGGACGCCACCCCGGAAUGGAUGGAAUGGGCUGAGUGCUAGUCGUAGAUUUUAAUGUGGAUUAAAUUUUAUCUUUUAGAUCUUAUCUAAUCUGCCCUAAGUGAUGAUAAGUGGAAGAGACUGAAACGGUUGAUAGGAGAUGCUGAAGCAGGCCAAGAUUCAAUAACAGAUUGGAGAACCGCGGUAACAGGUUUAGUAUUCUUGAGCUUCUAUAGCCUGAAAGCUUAGGAUGGGAGAUUACCCUCAAACCUUGUCAAAUAUCUUGAUUUUUUGUAUAACAUUAUGACUUGUUAUACGUUCUUUCUAUCACGGGCAAUAACUUCUAAGUCGUUUGUUAUACCAAUAAAAGGUUCCAUGCGCACUAAAUGAUAUCUUUAACGUUAAAAUCUAUAUAUUUAUUUAUUUAUAGCUUCUCAGAUUUAUAUCGUUUUUUUUUGUGAGGUUUUUUAAUUAUGCAUUUUGUACAUAUAAUUUAGGAAAGAUUGAGGAAAUAAUCGUCAGAUGAAUGAGGUACUCUGUCAUAAGACAUGGUUACAACAAAAUUAUUUUUUUUACAAUAUUAAAAUGUUUGGUGGUUACAAAUCUUUGUCAACCAGCGGUUUGAUUUACAGUAUCAUAAAACAAACACUACUUUUAAAUAUAUUUGCUACAGAUUCUCUCACCAGUCAAUGAACCAGUCGAAUGAAAUCUGCCCUUGUCCAAAAUUUUCUAUUUAAAAAAAUAUAACAAGUUUUAGGACCAAGUGACUAAAAUAUCAGCUUAUUCGCCGGGUGUCAGUUUUAUAAAAUUAUUUGGAUGAAAUGAAAUUGUCAGGAUAUUCUGUCAAGAUAUUUUUAUUGGGUUAGCACAUUUCCACCCAUAAAUGUAGGGCAUCCUCAGGGCUAUCGUUUGAAAGUCGAGACAAGAACUGUGGAGUUCUUAUAUUUAAAUAAAAUUUGAUUUUUUAUUCAAGUUAAUCUAUUUUAAAACCUCUGAUAGUUAUGAAGGAACUAAAGAAACAAUUAAACUAAUAAAACAUUGUUUUCAGUUAAAAACUCAUUUCAUUUUAGUCUUAUCUGUCUUAGAUCUUUUAAAAAGAAAACUGCUUUCCCGUGCCGAUUUUUAUUUGUCUGCAUCUGCUGUAAAGUUAUAGUUUUGAAAUAAUUUUUUUGUAUAUUACCUCUUAGUUUAUGGGUAUCGUGUAAAUUGCAUAUUUCGUGGAGAUAAGUUCUUAAAAUCAAAUAACGAGAACCAUUUAACCUAUUAUUUUAUUUGUUUUAUCACAAUAAAUAUCGAAUGCAUUACCUACAUUAUUUUUUGUUUGGAGUAUAAAUGAUUCAGGCAACCACAGUUGUUAAACUCUCUCCGCCAUUGUCCACGAGGCCCGUAAGAUGGCUAAGAAGAAGGAUGCCGAUAAAUCGGCACAGAAUAGUGACAAUAUAAAAAAUCAUAAAACUGAACCUAAUGAAGAUGAAGAACCUAGUUUCGAUGAUCCAGAGGGAUAUGUGGAUAAAAUUUCCGAUGAAGAACUUGUCGGAGAUAUCUUAGUUGAAAAGCCUGAAGCAAUCGAUGGUGUUGAUUCCAUCAUUGUAGUAGAUGGAGUCCCCCAAGUAGGACCUGAAAGAUUAGAAAAGUUGCAGUCUGUGAUUGCCAAAAUCUACAGCAAAUUUGGUAAUAUAAUCAAUGAGCACUAUCCUUUAAACGAAAAGGACAUCACAAAAGGGUAUAUAUUUAUUGAAUUUAGUAAUCCUCAGAGUGCUAUUGAUGCAGUGAAUGCGACGAAUAACUAUAAAAUAGACAAGAGCCAUACGUUUCAAGUAAACCUCUUCUCUGACUUUAAAAAGUAUGAAGAGAUACCUGACGAUUGGAUUCCUCCAGAUCCCCAACCAUAUAAGGAGCAAAGGGAUUUACAUUAUUAUCUCCUAGAACCCGAUGCAUAUGAUCAGUUUAGUGUUAUUUGUAGCGGAGGAAAUCCAGUUCAAAUCUGGUUAAAUACAGUGCCUCAACCUACUAAAGUUGAAGAGAGAGCUAGAUGGACCGAGAUGUUCAUCCAGUGGUCCCCUUUGGGAACGUACCUCGCAACCAUCCAUCAAAAGGGUGUUGCUCUUUGGGGUGGACCUGCAUUCGAACAAAUUAUGAGGUUUACUCAUAUUGAAGUUCAACACAUUGAAUUUUCGCCCUGUGAAAACUACUUGGUGACAUACUCUUCGACAGCACAGAACCAUGAUCAAGGCAUUCUUAUAAUUUGGGAUAUCAGGCGAGGGGAAAUUAUGAGAUCCUUUGAACCGGAUGGUCCACCCGUCUGGCCAAUUUUUAAAUGGUCCAAGGAUGAUAAAUACUUCGCUAAGAUCGGUCAUGAUGUUCUUAGUGUCUACGAAACACCCUCGUUUGGUUUACUGGACAAAAAGAGUGUCAAGUUGCCUGGUAUUCGAGAUUUUGCCUGGUCACCAACAGAUAAUAUUCUUGCUUAUUGGGUAUCGGAAAGCAAGGAUGUGCCAGCAAGAGUUGUUCUCAUGGAAGUACCUAGUCGUAAUGAAGUGAGAGCAAAUAAUUUAUUUAAUGUAUGCGACUGUAAGAUACAUUGGCAAAAGUCCGGUGACUACCUAUGUGUGAAAGUUGACAGAUAUACGAGGUGCAAAAAAGAAAAGGGCGAAACCAAGUAUAUUGGUAUGUACUACAAUUUUGAGAUAUUCCAUUUGCGAGAAAAAAAUGUGCCAGUAGAUAGCGUUGAAAUCAAGGAAGCAAUCCAUUCCUUCGCAUGGGAGCCCGUAGGUUCUACUUUCGCCGUAAUUCAUGGAGAAACAUCCAACCUCAGCGUUUCAUUUUACGGCCUCAGGCCUGGACAUAAGCCUGUAUUACUUAAAAAGCUGGAAAAGAGGACGUGUAACGCAUUAUUUUGGUCUCCUGCAGGCCAGUUCAUCGUUAUGGCUGAUCUGAGAGGAAAUGGAAGUUUAGAGUUUGUCGAUACAGCCGAUUUCACUUCAAUGAACACUACGGAACAUUUCAGAUGCAGUGAGGUUGAAUGGGAUCCUACAGGACGUUAUGUCAUAACGGCAACUUCCUUUUGGAAGUCGAAAGAAGAUCCAGGAUAUUGGAUAUGGACAUUCCAAGGGCGCAUAUUGUCGAGGAACAACAUGCAGAAGUUCUGUUUGCUGCAGUGGAGGCCCCGUCCUCCUACUCUGCUUUCAGCGGAGCAGCAGAAAGACAUCAAGAAGAACUUGAAGAAGUACAGUGCUCAAUUUGAAUCAAAGGAUAGAAUGAGGAUGACUAGAGCUUCAAAGGAACUGAUUGAAAAGCGAGCGGCAGCGAUGAAGAAAUUCGAAGACUAUAGGCAAUCGGUUCUGGCUGUAUGGCAAUCGCAGAAACAGAGGAGGUUACAACUUCGAAAUAAUGUUGAUACCGACACUCUAGAUUCUGAUACCCAGAAUGUAGACGAGGAAGUUGUAGAAUUUUUCAUCAAGGAAGAAAUCACUGUUCUCGAAUAACACAGGAGCAGCAUAGCAGCCUUGAGAAUCUCGGAUCUCAGGGCACUUAUCGCAAGCUGUUCUACUACGUGGGCUCUUGGACAAACGGAGAGGGAAAAUGUACGGAAUCUUCUUCAAUUAUAAUAAACCAGUGUUAAGACUGCAGCGUCAUUUAAAAAACUUAUUUAAUAGAGUUGGUAUUGAAUAUCACCAUGUCCCUUACAGGUUAUUUGCAAGUUGUAUGUUAUAUAUUAAAAUAGAUUUCUUUUCCGUAAGCCAGUUAUAGAUUGAUUUGUGUCCUGUAUGUAUUAUAUCCUUUUAUUAUUAAUUUUUUUUUUCGAAUUGUUAUAUAAAAUUUUUCUUUAAAAAAUAUUUGUUUUGAGAUUUGUAAAUAUUUUGAUAUACUUAUAUAAAACUUUAAAUGAUUUCGUAGUCC